UUAACCAGAGCGGAUAUUUGCUUCUACUCUCCAUGUAACAGGCUGACUUUCAACAUCCAAGCCGAGGCCAUGUGAAUUUCCUGUUUUGAUGAAGCACCGAACUGCGUGUUCAUCACAAUCCCAGCACAGUGACUCAGUACAGCUUGGAAUCAGCCGACUUUGAGGCUGCCUGCGGGCCACGGUGUGAUCUGGUCUCCUCCACAAGGGCAGCGCAGUCUCACUCCGGAGCGGCUUCGUCGCCCUUUUUCUCAUCGCGCAGUGUACCUUUAAAAGGUUGAACUCGCCGGUCUACGAACACUGGAUUGUUUUCCCACUCGGCUCAGCUGUGCGUAGCUUCCAGCAGUGACAUGGCAUAGAGGCGGUGUGCGGUGAGCAGCAGCAGCAGCAGCAUCCUGCACCAUGGACGCUCUCCGACGGCCGAAGCGGAGCGCAGUGUUCGCGGCGCUGGACACGAUGCUGCCUGUGUGGAUAUUACUGACCGCGGUGUCGGGACUGAAGGCGGAGGACGACGGUAUGGAAGAACUUACCACCGAGAAGGAGGCUGAGGAAAGUCACCGACAGGACAGUGUUAAUUUGCUGACAUUCAUUUUACUGCUGACCUUAACGAUUCUCACCAUAUGGCUCUUCAAGCACAGACGGGUCCGCUUCCUUCACGAAACCGGACUGGCAAUGAUUUACGGUUUGCUGGUUGGUGUGAUUCUGCGGUACGGCAUCCCUGCCACCAGCUACCACAACAAGACACCCCCGAGCUGCUCGCUGAAGGAAGGACCUGUCAGCACCCUGCUGCUUAAUGUCAGUGGCAAGUUCUUUGAGUACACCCUAAAAGGGGAGAUCAACUCCAGAGAGAUUCACAAUGUGGAGCAGAACGAUAUGCUGCGCAAGGUGACAUUUGACCCUGAAGUAUUCUUCAACAUAUUGCUGCCUCCAAUUAUUUUCCAUGCUGGGUACAGUCUAAAGAAGAGACACUUCUUCAGGAACCUGGGCUCCAUCAUAACCUAUGCGUUUCUUGGCACUGCCAUCUCAUGCUUUGUCAUUGGAAAUCUGAUGUACGGUGUCGUCAAACUGAUGCAAGUGGUCGGACAGCUGACUGACAAGUUCUACUACACUGACUGCCUUUUCUUUGGUGCCGUUAUCUCUGCCACAGACCCAGUGACAGUGCUGGCCAUCUUUAAUGAGCUCCAUGCAGACGGGGAUCUCUACGCUCUGCUGUUCGGGGAAAGUGUUAUGAAUGACGCAGUGGCCAUUGUGCUUUCAUCGUCUAUUGUGGCCUACCAGCCCAGUGGAGCAAACACACACAUGUUUGAUGCCUCUGCCUUUUUCAAGUCAGUGGGGGUUUUCCUGGGUAUUUUCAGCGGUUCCUUUGUGAUGGGUGCAGCCACAGGAGUCGUCACCGCUCUCGUCACCAAGUUCACCAAGUUGCACUGUUUCCCGCUGCUGGAGACGGCCCUAUUCUUCCUCAUGUCCUGGAGCACCUUCCUGCUUGCCGAAGCCUGCGGGUUCACAGGCGUCGUGGCCGUGCUGUUCUGUGGCAUCACGCAGGCUCACUACACCUACAACAACCUCUCUGAAGAGUCCACAAAACGCACCAAGCAGCUCUUUGAGGUACUUCACUUCCUGGCGGAGAAUUUCAUCUUCUCCUACAUGGGUUUGGCUCUGUUCACCUUCCAGAAUCACAUUUUCAGCCCUAUUUUCAUCAUCGGGGCUUUUAUUGCCAUAUUCAUUGGAAGAGCUUUCAACAUUUACCCGCUGUCCUUCCUUCUCAACCUCGGCAGAAGGCACAAGAUCAAGGGAAACUUCCAGCAUAUGAUGAUGUUUGCAGGUCUGCGUGGGGCAAUGGCGUUCGCCUUGGCCAUCCGGGACACAGCCACCUACGCCCGCCAGAUGAUGUUCACCACCACGCUGCUCAUUGUCUUCUUUACUGUCUGGGUGUUUGGGGGUGGGACGACACCCAUGCUGUCCUGGCUACACAUCAGCUUUGGGGACAGCAAAGCGUUGCAGGAAGAGCGACAUCAACAUGGACAGUGGGCAUAUUUCAGGGUUGGUGUGGAUCCAGAUCAAGACCUGCAGCCCUGUGGAGACAGCUUCCAGGUCUUACAGGGGGAUGGACCUCAGGCUGAAGGACAAAGUAAAACCAAACAGGAGAGUGCGUGGCUCUUCAGACUGUGGUACACCUUUGAUCACAAUUACCUUAAGCCCAUUCUGACACACAGUGGCCCACCUCUCACCUCCACUCUGCCCGCCUACUGUGGACCACUGGCGAGCUGUCUGACCAGCCCCCAGGCAUACGAGAACCACGAGCAGCUGAGGGACCACGACUCUGACCUCCUCCACAGCGACGGCGACCUGACCUUCAUGUUCGGUGACACUGCCAUCACAGCCAAUGGGGCGUCCGGCGGUGGGGGGGAUGCAGCCGGAGGGUCGGGUUGGAGUGCGAAUGGCAAAAGGAGCGGCAGCACCUCAGAGGAGGCGCUGGAGCGUGAGCUGGACUCCCGCGAGCAGGAGCUGCUGAGUCGCGGCACGCGGCUGGUUUUCCCCAUCGAGGAUCACGUCUGACCCUCCCCUUCCUUUUGCCUACACUGUCAAACCGCCCUGACCUGACCCCCAAGACCACCUCACCCUCAACUCUCUCCACAUCCCGCGGGCAGAGUGUCCAGUCCUUCAGAGAGUGGAGACGUGGUAGUAGACAAGAGGGGAGGGUUCAGAGUGACUCUGAGCUCCCUCCCGGCCCGGGAGCAAAGCUCAAGGAGCAUUUCAUCCUCAUUACAGAGCUGGAGUUUAUUCUUUAAGAGAUUAACUUCCCUUGCUCUUAUACUGUGAUUCAGUUUUACUGAUUGUUUCCUUUGCAUAAAGUGGAGGGAAACCUUUUAUGCAGGAUAUGAGGUCAAAAAAAUCCUCAUGUGAGAUUCAGUCUGCACUUUUGAACAUGUGACCCUGUGUAUGUUCAGCUGGAUUGGAAAAGAAGUAGAAAAAUUGCCUUGCAGCCCUCUCUGGCAUCAUGUGAUCUGACCUGUUUGUCUUCACAUCACACCAGUGACCACUUAGAAAAUGUGAGAAGUGGCUUUUUUGGAAGCACACCCCAUCCAGAUGCUGAAUUAAGGCCACACACUCACCUACACUUUCAAUAGUUUAUAAAGAAAAAGUGUUCUCUGGUUAAGUGUGUACCAUCUGAAGCUGUAAUAGACCAGUGUUUGGUAUGAGUGUGAGGAUGUCCUUUGUUUCACACAAAAGCAUCUGUGUGGGGGAGACUGUGACAUGUGAGGAGCACAGAGAGGGACAGUGAAUGAGUUGCCCUCUCAGCCACCACAGAGUGUCAUGGGUGAAGUGAAAGGGGUGAAGAAUGUGAGCAUGUAAAUAGCUACAAGGCUGAGCUUUGUUCCACUUUAGUGGGGCUGCUUCUAUCAGCGCAUUACAUCCUGUGACCGUUACAAAUAGUACCUGUGUAUCUUGUCUUUGAGCUGGUCUGGAUCCUUCUCACAGUACUGGGCUGGUUUUCACAACAAUAACAUGAUUAAGGGACAAAAGUGUCUUAAUGCAAAUUAUAUUGUUUCUUAUGAGAUAAUGCUAAUUUCCCAAAACUUUAAAAACUGGCAUAAGAUGUACACUCGAACAUGGUUAAUAAACAAUACAACACUACAAAAUAAAGGGCAAGCCUUUAUUAUAAUUUGGAAUACUUUUCAAAAACUC